AUGAGCCUAGUAAGCAAAGUGGGGGAUUGGGGUUUCAAGGCCUUCACGGCGACCUUAGGCGUCGCCACCAUCUACUUAGCCGGAACUUUUUCCGUCAACGUUUAUCGUGGCCUCGCUUGGCACUCCGCCGAAUCGAAACUUGAGAAAUUGGAAACCACUGAUGAGAAGCCUGAAUGA